AUACAAUAUCCUCCGGGUACCGGCUUGCAGCAUCCCUCUACUACGCAUUUACUGUAUACUCACGGCCCAAUUUGCAUAGCGACUGGACUCAACAUCGUGGUUUAGACGUUCGUUAUUAAACUGAAGUGGUUUGCACCUUGCAAACCCCGUAGAUUAUUUCCCAUCGCAGUCACAGAAAUAAUAAUGAUGAGGAAGGAUCGAGACCGAGAUCGUGACGAGCGCUCAAAGGACCGCGAGCGCGAGAGGGACCGUGACCGCGACCGGGAUCGAGAGCGGGACCGCGAGCGGGACAACCGUGGUUCUGGGGCGCCGCUGAGCCUGGGGCUGGGGCUGGGGGGGGGCAUGGCUCUGGGGGGGGGCGUGGGCCUGAUGCCCCCCCUCAAGCAGACCGCCAUGCAUCAGCAGAUCAACCCCUUCACCAACCUGCCCCACACGCCGCGCUACUACGACAUCCUCAAGAAGCGCCUGCAGCUGCCCGUCUGGGAGUACAAGGAGCGCUUCGGAGACAUCCUCACACGGCACCAGACCUUCGUACUCGUGGGAGAGACCGGCUCCGGCAAAACAACACAGAUCCCCCAGUGGUGUGUGGACAUGGUGCGGUCGCUGGCGGGGCCCAAAAGGGGCGUGGCCUGUACGCAGCCCCGGCGAGUCGCCGCGAUGAGCGUCGCGCAGCGCGUAGCCGACGAGAUGGACGUCAUGCUGGGACAGGAAGUGGGAUACUCCAUACGCUUUGAGGACUGCAGCUCCGCCAAGACCAUACUCAAGUACAUGACUGACGGGAUGCUGUUGAGGGAGGCGAUGAAUGACCCUCUGCUGGAGCGGUACGGCGUCAUCAUCCUGGACGAGGCGCACGAGAGAACACUCGCCACCGACAUCCUGAUGGGCGUACUCAAGGAGGUGGUCAAGCAGAGGAAUGACCUCAAGAUUAUCGUGAUGAGCGCUACGCUGGAUGCCGGAAAGUUCCAGGUGUACUUCGACAGCUGCCCGCUGCUCACCAUCCCCGGCCGCACGCACCCCGUGGAGAUCUUCUACACGCCGGAGCCCGAGCGGGACUACCUAGAGGCUGCCAUCCGCACCGUCAUCCAGAUCCACAUGUGUGAGGAGGACGAGGGAGAUGUGCUGCUCUUCCUCACCGGACAGGAGGAGAUUGACGAGGCGUGUAAGCGGAUCAAGCGUGAGGUGGACGACCUGGGGCCGGAGGUGGGGGACAUCAAGAUCAUCCCCCUCUACUCCACCCUCCCCCCCCAGCAGCAGCAGCGCAUCUUCGAGCCCCCCCCACCCCGCAAACCCAACGGAGCCAUUGGCAGAAAGGUGGUUGUGUCUACUAACAUAGCUGAGACGUCCCUGACUAUUGAUGGUGUCGUUUUUGUAAUCGACCCUGGCUUUGCCAAGCAAAAGGUGUACAACCCCCGUAUCAGAGUGGAGUCUCUGCUGGUGACUGCUAUCAGUAAAGCUUCAGCGCAGCAGAGGGCUGGAAGAGCAGGCAGAACUCGCCCGGGGAAGUGCUUCAGACUCUACACAGAGAAGGCCUACAAGACAGAGAUGCAGGACAACACGUACCCAGAGAUCCUGCGCUCCAAUCUGGGCUCCGUGGUGCUGCAGCUCAAGAAGCUCGGCAUCGACGACCUGGUGCACUUCGACUUCAUGGACCCGCCAGCCCCAGAGACUCUGAUGCGUGCGCUGGAGCUGCUGAACUAUCUGGCGGCGCUGAACGAUGACGGAGACCUGACGGAGCUGGGCUCCAUGAUGGCCGAGUUCCCCCUCGACCCCCAGCUGGCCAAGAUGGUGAUCGCCAGCUGCGAGUUCAACUGCUCCAACGAGAUCCUGUCCAUCACCGCCAUGCUGUCAGUCCCACAGUGCUUCGUGCGCCCCACUGAGGCCAAGAAGGCGGCCGACGAGUCCAAGAUGCGCUUCGCCCACAUCGACGGAGACCACCUGACCCUGCUCAACGUCUACCACGCCUUCAAGCAGAAUCAUGAGGCUGUGCAGUGGUGCUAUGAUAACUUUGUGAACUACCGCUCUCUGAUGUCGGCGGAUAACGUGCGGCAGCAGCUUUCGCGGAUCAUGGACCGCUUCAACCUGCCGCGCCGCAGCACAGAGUUCACCAGCAGAGACUACUACAUCAACAUCAGACGCGCACUCGUCACAGGCUUCUUCAUGCAGGUGGCUCACCUGGAGCGGACGGGGCACUACCUGACGGUGAAGGACAACCAGGUGGUGCAGCUGCACCCCUCCACGGUGCUGGACCACAAGCCCGAGUGGGUCCUCUACAACGAGUUCGUGCUCACCACCAAGAACUACAUCCGCACCUGCACAGACAUCAAGCCAGAGUGGUUGGUGAAGAUUGCUCCGCAGUACUACGAGAUGGGCAACUUCCCUCAGUGUGAAGCCAAGAGGCAGUUGGAGAGAAUCAUCGCCAAGCUUCAAACCAAGGAGUACUCCCAAUACUGAACACACACACACACUCACAAACACACACACACACACACACACGCCCCUCCCCGAUGCACAUGGACUCUGGUCAGAUGUCGAUCUGGUCUGGCGCGAGCGCCUCUCUAAAACUGUACAUUGCUGAAUCUGUUCAACUUUAGUUUGCAGGUUUUGUUUUCAUGUAUUUUUGUUUUUGUCUCAUGUUGUUCAAAUUUGAUUAUUUUUUAUAACUUCAGUUUCAUCCCGCUCAGCCUGUGAUGGCAUCUAGUGGGUCUGUUACCAUGGGAACAGGAUGGCGGGGGGCCGUGACGCAUCGCGACCUCUGACCUCUGCCUCACGCAUGAGCACUCGUGUGGCUGUGGACAUUCCGUCUAGACCUCGAGACCUCUUCCUGAGCUGUAAUGGAGUAGGAGUCUUAGAUUCAAUAAAAAACCCUCUAAACUGA